AUGGAGCAGCGAGCUCCCUCGUUCUCCUCCCAGGACGCGAACAACCGUCCAGGAUCUCCUCCACAGUCAUCAAAGACGAACGAGCCUAUUCAUCCGAUUCUCCCCUUGCAUAAUGAGCCUUCCAGAUCGUUAUUCCGUGUGGCUUCUGCUGGCGAGAGCGGCCGCAGAGGAAUCCACCCCAUCCAUUUCCUAACGGUAUGCACGAAAAGUACCAAUCGCGUCUCAAUGAUCGUAAAUGUGCUUUGGCCCUUUGUCCCGGCUGCAAUCGCUCUUAGCUUUGCGCGCCCUGAUCUCCAUCUCUGGAUUUUUAGCCUCAAUUACAUCGCCAUGGUGCCAACUGCCAAUUUGCUAGGUUUUGCAGGGUCUGAGUUGGCUCGGAAGCUGCCAAAGGUUUUUGGCAUUUUGUUGGAAACCGCAUUGAGUUCGUUGGUGGAAAUUGUUUUGUUGAUGGUGCUAAUUUCCAAUGACGAUAACAGUAACUUGGUCCCUGUUAUCCAUGCCGCAAUUCUAGGCUCGAUUUUGGCCAACUUGUUGCUUUGUCUGGGGACAUGUUUUUUCGUGGGCGGACUGAGGCGCAAUGAUCAAACAUUCCACGAGGUUAUUAGUGAAACGGGUUCUGGAAUGCUGCUUGUGGCCGGGUUUGGCCUCCUAAUUCCCAGCGCGUUCUAUUCCGCUCUUUCUCGAAGCACAACUGCUGAUGGCCAUUUCACCGCCCAAUUGCUCUUGGACAACACUCGUACCAUCAGCCGAGCGACUUCAGUCAUCCUUUUAGUUGCCUUUUUAAUAUUCUUAUUCUUCAACCUUCGAAGUCAUAAUAGCAUAUACGACGAGGUCCUUGAGUCGGAUGAAGAAAAGGAUGAAGACGGGGCAGACGAAAAGAGAAGAGCUAAACUUACAUUCACCGAAUGCCUCGUAGCUAUUGCUAUCUCGCUCACCUGUGUUUCACUUUCUGCUGUGUUUCUAGUUGAGCAGAUACCACCUAUCGUUGAAAGAGGCGUCCCAGACAAUUUCAUGGGCCUUAUCUUGGUCCCUCUAGUCGAGAAAGCAGCUGAGCAUCUGGUUGCUGUUGACGAAGCUUGGGACAACCAAAUCAAUUUUGCGCUCUUCCACUGCCUUGGGCCGUCCAUUCAAACGGCGCUCUUCAAUGCUCCCCUGGUUGUCAUUGUUGGCUGGGGCUUAGGAAAGGACAUGAAUCUGAACUUCGAAAUAUUCAUGGUUGCGAUGCUCGUGCUCUCGAUCCUGGUUGUUGGCAAUUUCCUCCGCGAUGGUAAAUCGAAUUAUCUAGAAGGGGCGCUGCUUGUUCUGGUGUAUAUCAUCAUCGCCGUGACUUCUUGGUACUAUCCAAACCCACAUGAUUUGACGACAAAUGUUCGGUUGCCGGCAGGAGAACAUCAUUGAACAUUGAUGAACAAACCCUUUCUCUUACUUUUCGGGCGUGGUAUUUCACCUUUGCAUUUGGUCACAUUUGAAUCACGGACUGGAAAAAGAUACGUUGAGUGCAGGACGUGAUAAUAUUUAAAUGACAUCAUCAAAUUUUUUGGCGUUGCAAUCUGGGUAGUUAGCAUCACUGUCAUUCUAGCGAGGCUAGACCUAAUACAUAGCCGUGAUUUCUGUGGAU